AUGGAUAGUCUGAGACCGAGUCCCAUACUGCAAUUUAAUCCAAAUCAAAUACAAGAAGUACGCAAAUUGUUCAAUUAUGACGAUAUCAAAAGACUUGAGCAAGAUUUGAACACCUUCGAAGCCUGGAUUGCAAAGCAAAAUCAUUUCCUCGUUAAAAGUUUUGAUAGAAACUAUCUCGAGCGUCUCCUGAUAGCAAGCAAGGGUUCCGUGGAGAUCGCUAAGAAACGCCUCGACAAAUUGUGCUCAUUCAGACGAGCAUUGCCCGAGUUCUUAACUAAGUUUGACAUGAAGAAUGAGUUCAUUCCUAAGAAGAAAUGGUGCCAUACAAGUAUUAUGCCCAAACCAACAGCUGAUCACUACCGAGUCUUGGUAACACGGGUGCACGACCCAGAAGCGACUGACUUUGUAGACUUCAUGCACUACUAUAGGUUUUGCAUAGCGAUGCUGGACUACAUGUUUAAUCGAGACUACAACGCUGGCUACGAAGUUGUAUUCGACACGAGGAACUAUACACUCGGCGUCGUGUCUAAAUUGAAUCCACUUGCGAUGAGGAAAGCUGUUUCUAUAUAUUUGGAAGCCGUUAGCUUGAGGUUGAAAUAUUUGCACGUAAUAAGUGGAUCCAAACUGUUCGAUGCAAUUUUAUCCAUCCUCAAACAAGCAAUGACAGAGAAAUUAACACAUAGAAUUGUAGUCCACGAUAGUCUAGAGUCACUUCAUAAAUAUAUAUCUCCAGAAGUUUUGCCUGCUGAUUAUGGUGGGAAGGAAAAAUGUCUUAAGGACUUAUUUGAGGCAACUCUCGAAGAGCUAUGUACUGAUGAAAAUAUCCAACAUUUGAAGGAAUCGGAGAAAGCCAAGACAGAUGAAUCCCAUAGAAUCACGCUUAAGUUCGACGAAGAGUAUCUGGGAAUGCCGGGGUCUUUCAAAACGUUAUGUGUUGAUUGA